CUUCGGUACACUCAAUGAGCCGGAGGAUUCCUUUCUAAAGAAGUGCUUGGAGGCCGAGGAUCAGCCUACCCCAGUUAGGGGGCUAACGAGAGGAUGCUGACACCAUUCCUGGGUUUCAGGUCCCUGUCUUCAGCAUCGGGUGAAUCCAGCCGGCGAUCCCGCAAUCGCUCUAGCCCACGCCACAAUACUGUUGAAGCGUUAGAUUUAUACGAGCUACCUCCGAAAACUGUUGCGAUUGACACAUUGGCGGCCCAGUAUGCUGCAACCCGCGCUUGAUGCUGAAAUGCGACCGCGGGACAAUAUCCAUCGCGGAGUUAUGAUCAUGGUCUUUCGUAAUGAUGAUAGGCCGUCGAAUCGCGCCAGGCCCUUGGUUUCUCAUAGGUAUCUAGCCGCUGGACUGUCCAGCGGCGUGCUCGCACAGUGCC